AAUAAUUCAAAAUGAUAUCUACCGCAUAUUUGAGUGACUCUGAUGAGGAGGAGAGUCCUCCUGAGGCUUCAGUAGAACCUCUUAAUGUCAAUAUUGGAACUCUGAACUCUUUCAGUACCAAGAACGUAGUACUAGAGCAUGAGAUUAGCAAAGAAAUUGAGUUCCAGAAGGACUAUAUCCUGUCUGUUUAUAACGAAGAGAGCCAAACUCUUGAGUUAUGAUCCCCUCCAGUCUCGAAAUAUUUUGUCUCUGCUCUGAGCUCUUUAAUAGAGUCUGAGACUCUUAUAGUGAGACAUUUAAAAAUCUCUGGAGCUAGUAUCAGAGUUUGUUCAAGGAUUCUAAAUGCUAUAGGGAAAUAUAGAAAGCCCCCUCUGAUACUGGAGGUAAAGGCCCUAGGCAAGUCAACCAUUAAAAUGGCUAAAAAUCUGAGUAAACUUUUAAAAUGGAGAAAGAAUGGAGAUCUACGAGGGAUCAGAGAAACCCAAAUAAUGUGCCUCGAAGGCCUCCAAAUCUCAAAAUCAGCCACUUUGGGAUAUAUUUUUGGCAAGAAUUUAUUUAAAAAGGAGCCAAUCUGACUAGUAGAGGAGCUUAUACUCAAGGAUAUGGGAAUUACUGAUAAGGUUCUUCUCAGUUUUGAUGAAGAUAGUGGGAACUUCCUCUCCUCAUUUCCGUUGCUAAAACACUUGAGCUUUUCGAAGAACUAUUUAAGCAUACAUGGAAUCCACUGGAUAACCAAAGGAAUGAUAAAGACUGAUAAUUUAUUUCUUAAGAAGCUCAACUUCAGCGAUAUGGGACUUAAUUCUAAAGGAGUCAAGCUUCUAGUUCAAGGGUUGACUAAUUGAAAACUAUUAAAGCACCUAAAUCUGAGUAACAACAGUAUUGAUGAUGCAGGAGUUCCUGAAAUUCUCACUUUGAUUGACCCUUCCUCAAAAGUAAGGGUUAAGCUCACAGAGCUAGACCUCAGCAACAAUAGACUCACUAGUAUUGGGUGUUCUAAACUGUUGACUUGAUUUAAGUUGAAAUAAAUUGAAAUCUAAGAAGAAAAACGACAGAAAUAUUAAGAAAUGCACUCUGAAGAAACUUGAUAUCUGUGGUAACAAAGUUGAUGUCAGUAUAAUUAACUCAUUACGUGCUGCGCUUGAAAGCAGCGGGUCGCUCUCCCAGCGUGAAAUAGACACUUGAAUUCAAAAAUGAAUCUCUGCUGAAAAAGAGAUUAUUAACAUGGAUUUGAAAGAAAUUGUGUGAUCCACACCAUCUCCAAAUAAGAAGAAUAAAGCAGUUCCAAGUGUCAGGUUUACACUUUCAAGUUUUAAGAAAAGCAAAGAUGACGAUGAAGAAAAUCUCAACCAGAUAAACGUUAGAGAAAAGGUAAUGGAUUACUCAGAGAAAGUCAGAGAGAUGAACAAAAGUAAAACAUCUCACAGUUCAAAACCUAGUGAGCUUCAGGAGCAUCCUUAUGACCCUACUGAAGACCUCAUCGAAGAGUAUUACCUCUCAGAUUCUACAGAUAACUUCGUCACUAGCUAUCAGAGAUAUAGAGAUCAAAGAAGUGCCAGGCUAGGAACUUCAGAGAAAGAGAGAAAGCCUGAUGAGGAAAAUAAUCAAUCGCUUGAUUACUCCCUGACUUCAGAAGAUUGCAAGGAAGAAACCAAGACAGAAUCUUCUGUCUCUGAUUAUUACAGUGCUGGAAAGACACGGUUCUUUGAAAGGAUCGAUAGGAGCACUAUUGAUCUUGCAUCAGACUUCCAAAGUUAUCGAUAUCAGAUUGAAAAUGCUAGUGAUGAUUCUAUUGAUAUAACUCUGACUGACAAUUCUGAGAAUGGGAAUCCACAUAAAGAAAUUGUAGUUUCAAACUAUAAUAAGCUCCUUACAGAUAUCAGAGGGGUCAUAAGAACUCAGAGAGAGAACAUUCUACAGAGGACGAGGGAAUACGAUUCUUCGUCUUCCAGUGAUUUUUAACUUAGUAAUUCAAUUUUUGCA